CAAUAAUAAUAUAAUAUAGUUGUUUAAAUUCUAUAUCCAUUUGACCUAUUAACAUGGCAAACAUGACGCCUUAGGUGAAACACAAAGUUACACCAAGAAAAAAUCGUCUUUUGCGGAAGUUCACGAAAAAAUUAUAAGAAAUUAAAAGAAUGAAUAUAUGUUGGGGGCUAUAUAAAGAAUGAAUAUUAAAGAGAGUUAAAACUAAAAUCAAAGAGUAAAAUCAAGCAAAUAUAAACAAAUAAGGAGAAAAUUAAAUAAAAAAUGGCACAAAGUGACAGGAAGUUGGUGGCGGUGUUGGUUAUUUGCAUGGUGGUUGUGUGCGCCAUCUCCGCCGUGCCGGCGGCGGAAGCCGAUUCCGACUACAAACAGUGCUCCGAGUCCUGCCAAAACGACUGCAAGAAAGAAGGAAACGGCGACACCAUGUGCGAGGUCAAAUGCGACACCAAAUGUGGCGCCAUGGAGGUCAAAGACAAGUUCAACAAUCUUUUUUGAGUAGCUUGAUCGAGGAAUUGAAGCCAAGGAUGGAGCACAAGGGCCCACACAUAUUUUGAUUUAUCAAAAAUAAAUUUUAGAGGACUAAUAAAGAUAGAAAUAUAGCCAUAUAUAUGUAGAUUAGGGAUGGAUAUAUGAAUAAUUGUACCUACUACUCCGAUCCAUACGUAUGUCAUUAAUUAUAAUAAUUAUCAUUGCAAUUU